AUGCCUCCGUCGAUUAAGCCGACCGCCCAAAACAGCCCAGGAAAGAAGCGUGCUAUUGUCGGGGGUGCCUUGCUUCAUAGUCGAGAAACAACGCCACUGCCGAUGAAAUCAGAACCAAGUCAAACAAAGGUCACUCAAAGCAACACAGAGCUCGCUACUAUCUUCAAGACUGAUCUCACGAAUAUCCGGAAUUUGUGCUUGUGUAACUGGUUCGUUCCUAACAGGCGUAAGAAGACAUGCCCCGAGUGCCGGACCCGAGUCAAGCAGAUGCCUGCCCCGGCCUUUCUGAUAAAACAACUAGUUGAAGUGUUCACAAAACGUAGCGAGCUGAUGCCAUCGGAUGAAUCUGUUGAUACCCAUACUCAGAGGCGCGCCGAGGAGAUCGCGGACGUCGACAAAGACAGAAAUGGACGUGAUGGGCUCUUCAAAGGCACGUUCCCUAAAACGCUCGCAGAACUGUGGAAGGAUGAUGCAGAUGGCGGUGUGAUGCGAUGCAGAAACUGUGGUUUCGAGCAUGAGGGAGGACCAUCUUGCCAGAACUGUGGCGCGGAACUAGAUGAUGAGGGCUACAGCUUCAGCGAUCUCGAUGAGGAUGCCGAUCUUGAUGAUCUCGACGCGCUUUCUCUUGAGCUAGACGACGAAGUCGAUGCCGAAUUUGCCGAAAUGCAUGGCCACAACUUUCUGGGCAUGCCUGAUUUUGUUCAUCCAUACAUCCAUUUUCAUCAUCUCCACCACCUUCACGAUGACCCCACAGACCACUCGGAACUCUCGAACUCAGAUGCUAGCGAGAUGAAUAGCGAAAGCGAUGAUGAGGAUGGUGGCUCGUUGGCAGAUUUCGUUGCCCCGGAUGACGAGGAACCGAUACGUAGACCUGGUCGGCAAUCAAACAUCAGAAACCAUCGCGAAGCUAUCGCAAUAUCAGAUGAUGAUUCAGAUGAGGGUGGUGCUGUGUCAAAUCGCAUACCCCGGCGUAGAGCUCGGGUAUCGGGAAGCUCCAGUCCUUCGCCUCCUUCAGUGGUGACCGUGACGGACGUGAUGGACAAUGACCCAAACGAGUCGGACAUCGGUGACUCAAACAGCGAGGCAGAUAUGUUACGACACGCUGGGUGGAGCCCAUUAGACCAAGAAAAUGAUAGUGAUGUUGAUGAUCCUACCCGGUUUCACGACAGAUAUGGGUAUGGCUAUGGAGAUACUGAGGAUGAUCAAGCUUCGGAUGAUGAUAGCGAUACACAGACAAUGGUUGGCAAUGGGGGCUCUGAUGACGAGGACGGUGGUCGUUCCCGUGAGGAAUUUUCAGAAACACCGACAUACGAUGACUCUGCUUAUCCUCCUUAUAUUCCGCAUGAACACGCACCAAACAACUACUCUAGCUUCGACGAGGAGGCAACCAAUUAUGGUUCAGAAGCGGGCUAUUCAACUACCUACGAUCGGGAUGGCGAUACUGAAAUGAGUGUUUCACCCCGAUCAAGCGUUAGUGCGAAUGUCGCAGGCGAGGGAGCAUACGGCAAUCCACUGAGCAUCAGCGAGGAAUCCGGUUCAGAACGCAGCAUGAGCCGUAGCACGAAUGGGACUCGACCAGAAGCUUAUCAGCACGAAACGGGUCAAAACCUUGGCGUUGCCAACCAAAUCCACGAAAUCGAGGAUGAUUCCGACGACAAUCCUAUUCGCCCACCACCCCGGCGACUUCCUCGACGUUAUCAUCCAAAUGCGCGGGUGCAACAAUACGAUCCUAGGAUUAGUUUGAUUUUCGCAGAACACCAGCAAAGUAUGAGGGGAACCCAGAGCCAGCAACAAAUGGGGUUGGAUGAGCUGGACACUGAAGUCCGGAGGGUCGAACCUGCAUCCAGGGCAAGGCGCCUGACUGCAUAUCGAGUGCUACCACCACGCCUCGUUGAUCCUCUGAGGAGCUCUCGAUCGCCUUCUGCGACAAGAGUUAUUGCUUCGUCCGGUAGGACCUCACGACCCAAUAGAUAUUAUGUUCCAAGCAGACGAUAG